ACUAGUAUUUUUUAAAAUAAUAUUUUAUGAAUAAGAUAUAUCUAAAUGUUUCGAAAGUAAUUUUGUAUACAUAUGUAUAUUAGAAAAAUAUUCUGUACUAAUUGAUUCUAUUCUGUGAUAUAUUACUGUUAAAUUUAUGAUCAAAGAAGUAAUAGGUUAAAAAUGAAGCUAUAUAAGUUGAUAGUUCAUCAAAAAACUUUUAGUGAGGAAGAUUUAAUAAUCAAUCCAAAGGAUCAUCCUAAUAUAAAAACUGGAGAUGUUGUUGAAAUUUAUCAUCCAGAAGAUGAAUUUAGUCGUCUACUUCUUCAAGUUAAAUCCUUCAAAGAAGAUUUACAAGGAAGAGAGACAAUUAGUGUGGAGAACAAUGUAGCCACAAUGUUUCAAUUAAGAACAUUUGCAGAUGUUUAUAUGAAUGUUGUUAAUCCAGAUGAUGUAGCUUUAGAUUCUGUUGAGCUUACCUUCAAAGAUCAAUACUUGGGUCGUAGUGAAAUGUGGCGUUUGAAAAACAGUUUGGUGAAUACUUGUGUAUAUAUGAAUAAGAAGAUUGAAUUCUGUGGAGGUAGUAUAAGAUGUCAAGUAUAUGAAAUGUGGUCACAGGGUGAUAGAGUUGCCUGUGGUGUAAUAACUAAUGAUACUAAGGUUGUUUUUCGCUCUUCAACAAGUAUGGUAUACAUUUUUAUUCAAAUGAGUUCAGAAAUGUGGGAUUUUGACAUUCAUGGUGACUUAUAUUUUGAAAAAGCUGUUAAUGGAUUUUUAGCUGAUUUAUUUCAAAAGUGGAAAAAGAAUGGUAGUAAUCAUGAAGUAACAAUAGUUUUAUUCUCAAGAACAUUUUAUAAUGCUAAUAGUCUGGAAGAAUUUCCAAGUCACAUGCGUGAAUGUUUACAACAUGAUUAUAAAGGAAGAUUUUAUGAAGAUUUCUAUAGAGUGGUAGUUCAAAAUGAAAGAUUUGAAGAUUGGAGUAAUGUGUUGGUGCAAUUACGUAAACUAUUUACAGAUUAUCAGAAAAUUGUAUUAGAAUAUCAUCAAAAACCAGAUAUUUCUAUACCAAAAGCAAUGAAUUCAACAGCUGCACAAGGCAAUUUUUUAGAAGUUCUAAAUAUGUCUCUAAAUGUGUUUGAGAAACAUUAUUUGGAUCGUAGUUUUGAUAGAACUGGUCAAUUAUCAGUAGUAAUCACACCUGGUGUAGGUGUUUUUGAAGUUGACAGAGAGUUAACCAAUGUUACAAAACAAAGAAUCAUUGAUAACGGAGUUGGUAGUGAUUUAGUAUGUGUUGGAGAACAACCAUUACAUGCAGUCCCUUUAUUAAAGUUUCAUAACAAAGAUACAUCCAUCAAUGCACCUGAUGACUAUAGCAUGCCACAUUGGAUCAAUCUCAGUUUUUACUCAACAAAUAAAAAAAUUCCUUAUUCAACAUUUAUACCACGUAUAAAACUUCCUCAACGGGUAUCGAAACAAUCGAUGGAAAGUGGAAAAUUGCAAUGUAAAAGUAAGUUUUUGCAAGAAGAUCCAAACGAAUGUUUACACAAUACUUUGUUUGACUAUGAUGCAUAUGAUGCACAAGUUUUUCAACUACCUUCAGUUCAUACAUCAAGUAGUUUGCAACGAGUUACAACAAGAACUAAAAAAACAAGUGUUGCCAGCAUGGAAACACAUAAUAAUGCACAUAUAUUAAAACUUUUGAAAAGAAAAAUGUCAGAUCCUGAUAUACAUCACCCACCACCUACAUCUCAUUCACCUCCAGCUGCAACAAGAAGUGCAGCAAUUUCAAUACCUUCCAGAACAGAUGAUAUAACUAGCAGUGAAUCCAAUGAAGAAGUUAACGAAUCUAGGAUAUCAGUAAAAAGUGAUUUAACCGACUCGGAAAUAACACCACCAUUUAGGCCUGUUGUUGGUAGUGCUGGAAGCUCUACAAAUACAAUAUCUCAACCUACAACUAUUAGACCUAGUAGAGCUCUUAUUAAUCCUUUUGAUCCAUCCCAUGUUACAAUUAAAUUAACUAGUAAUAGACGGAGAUGGACACAUAUAUUUCCCAAAGGACCAACAGGUGUGUUUAUACAGCAACACCACUAUCAAGCUAUGCCAACAAAAAUGUGUUCAGAAUCACAAUCUGAUGCUACUUCUACUAUAAGUGGUUCCCCUAUGGAACAUGACAUCUCUAACUCAAAUCAAGAUCACACAAAAAAUAAACCACAAAGAUUAAAUCUUUCAUUAUCAAGUGCUGAUAAAAGUGGGAAUGCAACGUUUUCUACAGGCAAUAAAUCUUUAACAUUAUUAUGGGGUGCUACUGGUGAACAGGAAUGGUCACCAGCACUUACAACAGCAAUCAUAGGCGUUGACUGGAAAUCAUUGACAAUCCCAGCAUGUUUGCCGAUUACCACAGAUUAUUUUCCUGAUAAAAGAAGUUUACAAAACGAUUACGUUGUGUCAGAUUAUAAUCUUUUACCUGAUGAUGUUAACACAGAUUUUGCUCAACAACGAGCAAUAUAUAAAAAGCCUUUAACAACUGCCGAAGUAUUUAAGGAGCUUGUAUUCCAACGAUUAGCACAGGGUUUUCAAUUAAUUAUUUUACCACAAAAUAAUAAAAAUCAAAGCAAUACACCUGGUAGUAGUGCUGUCCCUGCAAUAAGUUCUGUAAUGCGUGGACGUCAAACAGAAUCUGAACCUAAAGAGGAAUAUUUACUAAGUAUUGGCAGAAUAUUUCACAAAAUAUCUUUAUUCGAUAAUUGUAUAACAGUAACAAGAUAUCGGCCAAGGCAUCCUUAUCCACCAUUCAAUAUUCAUUAUCUUUAUCGAUUUCAUGCACCUCAUCACGAUACAUACGAAAUAUCAUGGGUAUCUUUUACAACAGAGAAACUUGAAAAUUACAAUUGGAAUUACUUAGAUCAUUAUAUUUGUACUAGGGGCCAUACUGAUUUUGCUUUAGUAGAGGCACUUAAAUACUGGAGAUUUCGCGUGUUUUUACUUCCUUUACACAAUUCAGCGACUCGAAAGUUUUUAGAGGGAUCAUCAAGAUGUGAUAUAUAUACUCCUCUUACUACUUCUGAACAAGUUUGUCUUUUGGAUGGAUUUUUACGGUUCAUCGAACUGUGGCCAAAUAAAAUACGACGCCCGAAUCCGAAUAAAAAUUGGAAUUCAUCAGCUCUAAGUGGUGUUUCUCAGAGAGAUCCUGCCUCUCACUUGACCAGACGCAGGCACAGCACGAGCCUGAUUGUCCUCACUAACCAGAAAACAUUGGUAGUGAGUGAGGGAGUGACGGGGUUCUCUGUACAGGAGAGGCAUGUAGUGAAUACCGCUGCGACUGCCCGCACGUGCCUCGACACUCCUCGCCACGUGCCAAACAGAUCCGGUUCCAAAGUGAUGGAUAGGGGUCGAAUCUCACCCGCCAGUGAGGCUGUGCUACCUCUUUCACUUGACCAACAGCAAGAUCAUUUUGAUUCUAACGAAGAUAGUACAAACAUGGAAUUGAUGAAAUUAAAAAACACUGCAUCAAAUAACGAAAUUCUGGAGACAAUGAAACAUCCACAAAAUGGUGUGGGAUUCCUUACACAACAUCCAUCUCUUCCAAGCCAAACAUUUGUUAGUGCAGAUGCAGUACAAUGGUUAAAUAAUCACAUAGAAGGAGGAGUAACAGUGGAGAAUGCCAUUAAUAUCAUGAAUGGUAUGAUACAAGACAAGCUCAUUUGCCAUGCUUCUGGAGAUUUUUCUAAACCAUUUAUUCUAGGAUUUUAUUUAUAUCAUAUAGUACAAGAUAAAGAAAAUCAAAGAGCUGGAGAUUAUUUUUCGCCCCUGGGUGAUUUACAAAGUUUUGAAAAUGAAUGGGUAGAAGUUGAAAUAAAAACCCCUAAAGGUUGGUGCGAACCUUCUUUGCCAGGAUCAUUAUCUCCAAUGACUAUAUCUAGCUGCGAUACUGUAGACGAAUCAAAUGUAGCGCCAUUUCUUAAAGAUGAUUUAGACAUAUCAGAUAUUGUGAAUGAUAGAGAGUGGCAAGUUCCACCAUAUAAACAUACGCAUUUAGAUAUAGAUAUAAACAAUAGAAGCGAUAGAAUUGAAUGGGGACAUUUAAGAUAUCAAUCUAUGUACAAAGUAGAUUACUCUUACGAAUUAGUAGUGCAAUGGGUUGCAUCAUCUGGUAGUAUAGUUGCUGAUCUGAUAUUUGUGUGGCAACGUAAAGCUCAAAUGUGCGGAAUUCAAAUGGUUCCUAUUCCCAAUGAUUUGCUAGCAUUACCAUUCACUUUGAAAAGUGAUCCUUUAAGAGGACCUAUUUUUAUACCAUUGAAUACAGAAUGUCUUAUGGCGAAUAAACGACAUCUUUUUGAAGAAUUUCGAGAAGAAACUUAUGUACGAAGACUUUUUCUUUUCCAAGAGACAAUUGUACAAAGAUUUGGCUUUGUUCCAUGCCUAAUGGAAAGUACUGAAAAUGAUCACCAAUAUGUUCAUAUGACUGGCAAUGCAUUUAUAUUAAUUCCUUCUACAACAAAUAUAAGAUCACGUCCUCGAACUGCUACUAACAUCGUGAGACGAAACGUUGGACAGAAAGGAUAUACAAUUAAUUCUGAUCAACCUAGUCCUCAUGAAGCUUACAUUACGAGACAUGUUAGCGGGAAAAACAAAGAUGAUUACAGCAAAGAUAAAAGAAUUGGUUUCCUUUGGUCAUGGAAUCACAUGCUUAGUCGAAAAUGGAAAUCAUCAUCUACAUUAGCUGGCGAUGAAUUAUUUCAGAAAAAGCUUAUACAAGACUUUAAGCAUUUUUGUUCAAAUGGAGACAAUAGAUUGAAGCAGUUUUGGGAAUCUUGUUGGGAGAUAAAAGAAAAAUCAUGUACGAAGACAACCUGAAGGAUCAACAACGUAAAUAUUAUUUUAUAAGAUCGUAUUUUAAUAAUAGUAUUUAGAAAAUUUAAUUUUGCUAUCAUUGAGAUAAGUAUUUCGAUUUAAACGGGUAAGAAAUCCUUUUAAAUUAAAUGCAACAUGUACUUGUGAUAUGAUUAUUAUUGCAGUAAUGAAAGUAUGUACAAAAUUAAA